AUGACGACGAGUCACUUGACGAUCGACUCGGACUACCAGCGCGUGCAGCUUGCUGUCCUUGGGGCUCCGGGUGUGGGCAAGACAUCUAUAGUCCGCCAGUUCAUCUCAAACAUCUUCGAGGAGGAAUACAGACCCACGGACACCAAACAAGUGUACUACCCAUCCGUAAUCAUCAACGACCACUUGUAUGAGCUGAAAAUCAUUGACUGUCCAUACAUUCCCUAUUUUCCGGUAAACUCACUCUAUGAAUGGACUGACUACAGAGGAUACGGCUUACGCAACGCCUCUGCGUACAUACUUGUGUAUGAUAUAACCACAGAGGAAAGCUUCCAUUACAUUAAAAAUAUUCGGGAUCAAAUUCUGGAAAGUAGAGAUAUGCAUGAUAUUCCAUUGUUCGUAGUUGGCAACAAGUAUGAUCUUUCUGACGACAGAGGAAUUUCACGGCGCGAGGUGGCAAGCCUUGUUAAGAAACAUUGGAAAUGUGGAUACAUCGAGUGUUCUGCCAAAUACAAUUGGCACGUCAUACUUCUGUUCAAAGAACUAAUGAAAAACAUUGAUUACAUAGAUUAUGGGCAUAAACCGACCUCGUUACGAGUCCAAGAUGCUCUACGAAACAACCGGUGCGUAAUUUUGUGA